CCUCUAUUCUCUCUCUCUAUACAUCUGUACUUUCUUCUCCUUUCCCCAAAUUUAUCUAUCAAUCGACAUUCGACAGACUUCUUGUUAGCAAGUAGUCGAACUACUCCAACUAACAAAUACAGCAACAAUGUCGACUUGCAUUCCAACUGCCGCAGCUGUCGUCGCCGAUAAGUCCACCACCUCCGCCUCCUCCGCCACCACCACCUCCUCUACUCUCUCACUCCUCGGCCGCCACCGUCAAUUCAACUCUCUCUCCAAUGCUGCCUUUUCUCUCUCCUCUAAGCCUAAUCUUCGCCUUAUAUCCAAGAGUUCACGGUCUGUUUUCACACAUACAGUAGCCGCUAAGGCCCAACUGAACAAUGCUGGCAUAGGUGAAACUUCAAGUGGAGUUACUCAAUCUAAAUCUGGAGCAUCAUCGAAAGAGAUAAAGAAUGGCAAGCCAUCUAGUGAGUCAGCCCCAACGCCAUUGGCAUCAGAGGAAUCAAUUUCUGAAUUCAUCGCCCAAGUUGCUGGUCUUAUUAAGCUUGUAGACUCAAGAGACAUUGUGGAGUUGCAGAUGAAGCAGCAUGAUUGUGAGCUUUUGAUUCGCAAAAAGGAAGCCAUAUCACAAUUGCAAGCUCCACCAGUGUACAUGAUGCAGGCACCUUCUGCAUCAACAGCACCCCCACAACUUAGCCCACCCAUUUCUGCAGCUGCACCCGCACCCGCAUCUCAAGCACCUGCUGCACCAGCUCCUAAGCCGGUCAAGUCAUCAGUUCCCCCCCUUAAGAGCCCUAUGUCUGGAACAUUCUAUCGAAGUCCUGCACCUAAUGCCCCAGCAUUCGUAAAGGUUGGGGACAAAGUGCAGAAAGGACAGGUUGUAUGCAUUAUCGAAGCCAUGAAGUUAAUGAAUGAGAUUGAAGCGGAUCAAGCCGGGACAGUCAUUGAAGUUGUCGCAGAAGACGGGAAACCCGUCAGCUUAGAUACACCUCUGUUUAUCAUUCAGCCGUAGAGAAAGCUAACGGGCCGGGCAGCGGGCGAGGCCCGUAAAUGUUGGAAGGGUUAAAAUUGUAGACGAUGACAUUUUCUAAUUGGGAUGAGAUGAGAUGCUAGAUUGCUAGAUGAAGUCGAAAAAAAGAAAUGGUUAUGAGUAUUUAUUAUUUUAUUUAUAUUUAUUUAUUUUCAUCCACUUGGAUUUGCACAUUGAGGAGUUGUCAAUGUUCUUUUUUUCCACCUUUUUGUUUCCUAUGCUUAAAUUUACUUUACUUUUUGUCUGAAAUGAAGCUUUUUAGUAGGACAAUUUCCUCCUAUUUUUAGUAGUGCAUUUCCAUUUGGACCUUUA